AUGGGGGGUUUGGGCAAAUCUCCACUUGCGGGGUUAGCAGCGCUCGGUCUCGGUGGAUUGGCUCCAGGAAACGCCGGUGGUUUAAACCCAGCAGCAUUAGCAGCUCUAGCGGGAUCGCAGCUACGCACGUCCAACCAGGGUCGUAAUCAGCCCGCGACUAAUCAGCAAUCUCAUGAAAUGACCGUGCCAAAUGAGCUUAUCGGCUGUAUUAUUGGAAAGGGUGGCACCAAAAUCGCUGAAAUUCGUCAAAUAUCCGGAGCAAUGAUCAGGAUAUCCAACUGUGAAGAGCGCGAGGGUGGCAGCACUGAUCGUACAAUUACCAUAACUGGCAACCCUGACUCAGUGGCGCUAGCGCAAUAUCUCAUCAAUAUGAGUGUGGAGCUGCAGAAGGCGAAUCUCGAGGGUGGGUCGAGUUCGAGCGGGUCCGCUAGCCCUCUGGCCUCGGCCAUCCCGCUCGCGCAACUGCUAAGCAAGAGCGGGGCGCUGGGCGCCCUCAGCUCCCUUUCGGCGCUCGGCGGGCUCACGGACCUGCUGGCCGGCGGACCCGCGCCCGUGCAGACCACCGGCGUGCAUCGCUCGCACAAGUUCAACCGCAGGCAGGACGACGAACCCGCAAAGACCUCCAAAGAGCGCAACAAAUACAGCCCCUACUAA